AUGUCCAUGGACCCUUCAUCCAACUUGCGUGAGGCGCGCAGACUAGGAGAUCUAGGAUACUUCAAAGAUGCGGCCGCCUUCUAUGCCGCUGCCGAAGCCGAGCAUUCUGCGCCUCAAUUAUCGCUGAUUCUAGAGGUAUCUGGCUUCAACAUGGAGCAAGGCCUAGCUGGUGUCGUCCUAGACAGACUCAACGCAACAAACGAGAACAUAGAUCGGAGGCAUGAGGUACCACUUCAAUUGGCCCUGCUGGACCUUCUAUGGGCGUUUGUGGAGGCCCAAACAACUGUACGUCUUGCUCGACCUCUCGAAAAAGUCGUCAAAAUCUUCAACGAGCAUUUGCGAAACUGGCCCCACACCGAAUAUGACAAAAAAAGAGUGGGUUCAGCCUGUCUCAAUAUUUUGAUCACUACUGAAAAAUGUGUUCGACAGGCAUAUCUGGUUGCGAUUUAUCACAAUUUCUGUAAGCUAAUCGAGUUGAUGGGCUUCUCGAAAGACGAACCUCCGCCCACAAUGAACCUCGAGCAAAUGAGAACAUUGUUUGAUGAGAUGACCGCUCGCAAAGAAUAUAAAGUUGCCUUUCAAUUGGCUCAAUGCUAUGCCGGACUGCCAGAUGCUGGCAUUGAUACGAGCUUACUUGAGACCCUGAUAGAGUUAGUGCUAGACGACAGCGUCCUGCGAGCCGCUAUUUUCUUGCAGUACGCAGAAACAUGCCAGUCUCAAGACAAAGUGGCGGAAGCAAUGAAAUAUCUCGAAGCCUCUGAGGAACUUUACUCAGCUACCGGCCACGCCUUCGGAAACUCAAUGAUACAACUGAAAAGAUUACGGGAAGGCGAUGCCGAGGAUCGCCAGGAACGGAUCAAUGCUGUUCUUAAGAUCAAGGCAGAGCAAGAAUUCAUCGGGAAUUGGGACGGGGUCCGCCAAGCUCUCAACACCUUGACCGCGAUCAACAACCAAAUACCAGACGACUCGUUGAGUACAAUUUUGAAUAUCGAAUACCUUGAACUCCGCGAUGUCCGUCGAAAUGAUAUUGAUUGGGUUAGCCAGAGGGUCCUCAUAGCUAGCAGAUGGAAGUUCAAUCAAGAAAACAUUGGUCAAAGUCUUCGAACGCUAGAGACACUGUACGCGGAAAUCAAACACAUGGAUGCGCCCAUUGAGCUGGCUAGUGUCGUGAUGAUGCUGUACGAGAUCAAUGUGAAAGUUGGAGAUGCUGAAAGGGCACUGUUAUGGCUCACAGAGCAGCGACAUGUUCUACCACGCGUUUUCCGCAUCCUACACGACCUGGACGAUUUCUUUCGGCACCUUCAGGCCACAACUACAGCUCCGGAUCCGGAACUCGAGUGCGCUAGUCUUCAAGAAGAGCUUGAUGCCACCACAUCGUUCUUGCUGAAGACCAAUAAUCUCUCGGAUCGAGCUGUUGAAUUAGGGAGGGUUGCUAACAUCGCGAACAUUUAUGCAGCACAGUACAUGCUACGCGGUGCUGAGCAGACCGUCAGAUUGAUCGAUAUGUGUAAAGCAUUCAUUGAUCAAAGCUACGCCCUGCUCGCGGAAAAGGACCAGAAAGACAUCAAAGCCCGAGUGCUGCAAACUCUAGCGACCCUGAAAAUCCUUGAAGCUGCGGCACCGCCGUUCACUCUGGAAAAUAUCCCCGAGAAAAUUGAUUUAUGGCUAAUGGCAAGUACUUUGAACCAGGAAGCACAUGAUCUUUAUACCAGCAUAGAGAAAUGGACCAGUGUGUCCAUGGCUAAAGCACAGAAAGCAAAUUGCUUACAAACAGCCUGGCUUCUUCAGGGAUCUCCUUCUGAUUCGACCAUUUUUCAUGAAGCUACGGACCUCUAUGUGGAGGCAUUGGAGCUUUCAAAGAAAAUAAGCCAUCAGACUUCCGUUCGGAGCCACACGAUGGCAUUGGUGAAACUGUGGUUCAAAGGGUUUGAGAAAAACAUCAGCAUGCCGCCAACGACCAGUGAUGAGAACUUAUCGCUCCCCAUACAAAUGGUGGUAAAAUAUCUCAUCGAAGUAGACCUUCAGAUGAAUGUGGAGAGGAACGACUUGUCAGCGUUGAAGAACGAGCGGUCUAUCUUGGCCAAACAAAACCUGCGGAAGCGACCAGAGUUUGCAGAGCUAUAUGAUAUCGGUGUCAAGAUGUGCGCUUCGAUACCUGAUACCACGCCCCUCUGGGACUGGGUGCAGACCAUGAAAUCUCGUGGGGUGUCUGAUCUGCUGGCGCUGGGUAUCAUUUUGCCUGCGUCAAUGAUGAACACGAUUAACGAAGACGCAGCAUUGCGACGAUUGAUGGAGGAAGAGCGACAAAAGCAAAUUGAGUUGGACUCUGCUCCCACGGACUCUAAAUUCUACUUGACCAAAGAGUUGGAGAUGUAUCGAAAGAAAAUGCGAAGCUACCGGCCGCUUGCCGACUUGCUUGAUCUACGCGAGGGCCAACCCAUCGAAAUCGAAGUUCUACGCAACCUGCAAGAACUGAGAGCUGCGACUCACGCUUCAGGUUCGACCCAAAGAGGCGUGGUCUUUGUCGACUGGUUUGUUUACAAAAACAACUUUGCGGUUCUUAUUGUUACAAAAACUGCGAUUCAUGCCAUUGCCACCAGCUUCACAAUUGCAGCUGCUCAAAACUGGAAAAACAACUAUUUGAUCUAUGACUCUUCGCGGGAACGUUGGCCGCUAGAAGACGAGGAUUCAAAACCACUACAGGAACUCUCAAGUCUUAUACAGCCCCUAAUAGCCCACAGCGAAGAGGGUGAUCUACUAGUCUUCUGUCCCACAGGCGCGUUACAUGGGAUACCCCUACAUGCUGCCACGCUCGAUGAGGAGGCAGAGAAGUCAAUCAUUGACCGUAACCCGAUCGUCUACACAAGCAGUAUGACAACAUUGAACCAUUGCAUUUCAAGAGAGUUGCAGCAUACGCAAAGUGGUGCAGAUCCGUCCGGAUUGAACCAGAGCUUCGUGGCUGUAUUUGAGGAGACCGAUGAAGUCGACGCGGACACUGCCACUUUCGAAUCGUUUAGGGAUUCCGUCUACGAAAAGGUACAGAAGAUUGGGUCGGAUUUCAGUGAUACACGUGUUACCGUGGGCAAGAAUGUAUCGCCAGAGGUUUUGCGACAGUCUUUUGAAUGCGACAUGAUGUACUUCUUUGGACAUUGUCAGAACAGGUUCGACAGCAUUCUCCAACAAGCUCUCAAACUAGCUCCAGUCGACGGGGAAAUGCAACUCGCAGCUGAUCUCACCAACCUGGACAUCACAGGUGACGCUCGCAUCCCGUCGCGUGACUCGAGCACGUACAGCAGCGGGAAAGUAAUGUCGCAGAGCGCCGCAGUGGGCGAUUUUGAAGUCUUCCCCAGAUUCGCACCGCAUCAUUUCACCGUGGGCGACAUCUUUCAAUCCAAGGUCCAGGCCUCUAAUAUCAUGCUGAUUGCAUGCGGCUCCGCAUCAGAGUCUAAUGCACCAGGCGAUGAACCACUGGGGCUCGUUACCGCGUUACUAUGUGCAGGAGCCUCGUCGGUAAUUGGAACCCUGUGGGAAGUGAAGGCAGGCCGUGCGGCGACAUUUUCUCAACGAUUCUACAAGAUACUGUUGGAAGAGAUCAAUACUGCUAAAUCUGUGCGCAGUUCGGUUGACCCUCGGGAGGGAAAAUCAGCAGACAGUCCAAAGUUGUUGAUCGACCUGGCCGUGAUCCUGCAGGGGAUCAUAUGCAAGCUGAAGAGGAGAAACUUGGACUUCAAAGCGCCUUAUCACUGGACACCUUAUAUGCUUUCCGGCUCGUGGUUCGUUCAGCGUAGUUGA